AUGAGAGGCAAAAUACUCCUGCCUGUCUUUGCUGUCCUCAAUUCAUUUGUGAACGCUCAGGAGAAAUAUGUUCUUACGACGGGUCCGACAGCGAGAUCGCAGUGCGCUGCCACUACCGCAGUGUCUCCUACAUUUUCCUUCUCAACCUUUGCUUAUACUCAGUCAGAGACCUAUCGCUAUGCAAUUUCUGUUCCGUCCCCUACUUCCACUGAAACAUUUGCUGCUCCUUUCUCCGCUCUCAGCUCUUUGAUCCCCUUUGUUGCCACAACCACCUGGGGUAGCUGGGACCCUAACGCUACUGCGACUGCAACCGAUUUUCAUGACAAAUAUGGCAGUGCCUCAUGGAGUGCGCUUUGGGAGAACGCGCGCCCGUUCCUUAACAAUUUCACAUCCACCGGCAUCUAUAGUACAACUGUUUCGCCGACACCAGUGCCAAGUGCCGAACUUAUCUUGCCGCCAAGAGAUUAUUUUGGCCCAACGGACUGUUACAAUUUCCCCGAUGGCUUCAUAUAUGGCGUGGCUGGAUCAGCUGCCCAGAUUGAAGGUGCUACCAGCCACGAAGGAAAAGCGCCAUCCGCAGCAGAUAUCAUCGCCAAAGAUCAACCUAGCCAAGAUUAUGUGACGGAUGAGAAUUACUACUUAUACAAACAGGAUAUUGAGCGAUUGGCAGCUAUAGGGGUAAAAUAUUACUCCUUCUCCAUCCCAUGGACUAGAAUUCUACCAUUUGCUGUUCCAGGUUCACCUGUCAAUCAGCAAGCUAUUGACCACUAUAAUGAUCUUAUCGAUUUCGUGAUAGCAAAAGGAAUGCUCCCCGUCGUGACGUUGAUUCACUUUGAUACACCAUUGCAGUUCUACGCCGCAAAUGUCUCAUCUUUAUAUGACAAACCGUCUGUGGGUUAUAACAACGGAGCUUAUCAAAAUGAGACCUUUGUGGAUGCUUUUGUUCACUAUGGAAAGAUUGUCAUGACACAUUUUGCUGAUCGAGUUCCUCUCUGGGUCACGUUUAAUGAAGCAUUUACUUACUGCCAGAAUGGACACGCUGUAGAUUCAGUAAUCAAAGCACAUGCUCAGUUGUAUCACUUUUAUCACGAACAGAUCAACGGCACAGGCAAAGUUGGAAUGAAAUACAGCAAUUUAUUUGGCGUGCCGCUUGAUCCGUUGAAUACCUCUCACGUUGAGGCGGCCAACGAUUACAAUAAUUUCCAAGUAGCAAUCUUUGGCAAUCCGAUUCAUCUCGGCACGGACUAUCCUGCUGUAUACAAAGAGCGAGUUCCAGACUACGUUCCUCUUACAAAAGAGGAUCUGGACUAUAUCAAAGGGACAGCGGAUUUUUGGGGAACCGAUGCGUAUACUAUUGCUGUAAUCUCACCUCUGUCAGCGAGCGAGUCACCGUGCCUAAACACCCCAUCCAACAUAUUUUACCCCGAAUGCGUGCAGCAGAGCUGGGGUGGGAAGUUUGGUUGGAACGUCGGAUACGCCAGUCAAACAUAUGUCUAUAUCACCCCGACCUAUUUGCGCCAUUACCUGUCAUACUUGUGGAAUACGUACCGCUCUCCGAUUAUCGUUACCGAAUUUGGCUUUCCCGUCGUGAAUGAAGCCGCACUGCCACUGGCACAACAGCUUUUCGAUUCACCUCGCAGCCAGUACUAUUUGAGCUUUAUGAGUGAGAUACUGAAGAGCAUCUGGGAGGAUGGCGUGCAAGUCCUUGGUGUUAUUGCGUGGAGUUUUGUCGACAACUGGGAAUUUGGGGACUUUACGCCACAUUACGGAAUGCAGACUGUGGAUCGAACAACGCAGGAAAGGCAUUACAAGAAGAGCUUGUUUGACUUUGUCGAUUUCAUUCAAGCUAGAACAUAG